AUGAGUCUGCAUGGGCUCGGGGUGAUUGGGGCCCAGGUGGCCGCGUCCGUCAAGAGCAACGAUGAGAAGCCCUCAACACCAAGGAUUCGCUCGUCUUCGUGUUCUAUCCAGUCCAGUCCUUCCCUCCACAAUGAGGCUCGCUCGCAGGAUUUUGACCCGCACGUCGGGGCCAAGCCAUACUCGCCUUUCUAUCGCCAUGGAUCUCCCACGCUGUCCUACGAGCAGAUCACCUUUGAACCAAAGUCUACCGCCCCUCGCACCCGCACUCAUCUGAGAGACAUUGAAAAUGCGGGCCCUUACUUAGCCCUACGGAAUGACAGUCCGAGACGAUCAAAGCUGUGGGAGAAGCAAGAGAGCCCGCCUCGCUCAUGCAUGCGGUCCUUGACCACUCGCCAGAGAAUGGCCUUGAAGGCUAUCGUGGCUGUGGUGACGGUGGGAAGCAUGAUCGCCAUCGCUUUGGGCAUCACGGCUGCAGUGGGAGGGGCCGCUUGGAGAAGCAGUGCCGAGCAGACGGCUAUGGGAGGGUGA